GUUAGAGACUAGCCGCAAACAGCCGGAGACUAUAGAAAGAGCUGCCGCUUCAAGGAAAUCGCAACAAUAAACUGUCCACGCUGUCAAUGUUCACAUAAUGAAUUUGGGCGCCAUGUUCCAGUUGAAGCUCUUGCUUUUGUUUUACUUUGUAAGACAUGCCGGGGGUCAGUACGAGAAUCCCCUGAACAAUUACAUCCACCACUAUGAGGGCCUGUCCUAUGACACAGAUGUUCUGCACAACAAGCACCAGCGAGUCAGGAGGGCCCUGUCCCAUGAGGACAAGUUUCUCCACCUUGACUUCCAUGCACAUGGAAGACAUUUUAAUCUUCGAAUGAAGAGGGACACCUCCAUAUUCUCACCAGACUUCAAGCUGGAAAUGUCAGGCACGGAAACGGACUAUGACACAUCACAUAUUUAUAUUGGCGAAAUCUAUGGUGAAAAGGGCACCCUGACCCAUGGCUCCAUUGUGGACGGGAAGUUCGAGGGCUUCAUCCGGACCCACCGUGGCACGUAUUACGUGGAGCCUGCUGAUCGCUACCUCGGGGACCGGAACGUUCCCUACCACUCAGUCAUCUACCACGAAGAGGACAUCCAUUACCCUCACAAGUACGGGGCCGAAGGAGGCUGUGCGGACCACUCUGUCUUUGAGAGGAUGAAAAAGUACCAGCAGUCUGCAGUAGAGGAGCCAGCCAAGGGGACCCACCAGAAUGUGGAAGACGAGGAGCGUGCUGACGGGCCAGUGAUCCUGAGAAAGAAGCGAGCUGCACAGGUACAGAAGAACACCUGCCAGCUCUUCAUCCAGACAGACCACCUCUUCUACAAGCGCUACGGCACCAGAGAAGCUGUGAUUGCACAGAUCUCCAGCCAUGUGAAGGCAGUUGACUCCAUAUACCAGAGCACAGACUUUCUGGGCAUUCGCAACAUCAGUUUCAUGGUUAAGAGGAUCCGGAUCAACACCACAGACGACAUGACGGACUCAAGCAACCCCUUCCGCUUCCCCAACAUUGGGGUGGAGAAGUUCCUUGAGUUGAACUCUGAACAGAACCAUGAUGACUACUGCCUGGCCUAUGUCUUCACAGACCGCGACUUUGACGAUGGGGUGCUGGGCCUGGCAUGGGUGGGGGCCCCAGCAGGGAGCUCAGGUGGCAUUUGUGAGAAGAACAAACCGUAUUCCGAUGGGAAGAGGAAGUCCCUGAACACAGGCAUCAUCACCGUUCAGAAUUAUGCUUCCCACGUCCCACCCAAGGUCUCCCACAUCACCUUCGCCCACGAGAUAGGCCACAACUUCGGCUCUCCGCAUGACUCUGGUUUGUUGUGCACCCCCGGCGAGUCGAAGAUCCAGAACCAGAAGGAAAGUGGAAACUUCAUCAUGUAUGCCCGAGCCACCUCAGGGGAUCGGCCCAACAACAACAAGUUCUCCAUUUGCAGCAUGCGCAACAUCAGCCAAGUGCUGGAGAAGAAGAGGGACAUCUGCUUUGUGGAGUCUGGUCAGCCCAUCUGUGGGAAUGGCCUAGUGGAGGUUGGUGAGGAGUGUGACUGUGGCUACAGUGAUCAGUGCAAGGACCAGUGUUGCUACGACGCCAACCAGCCUGAUGGCAAGAAGUGCAAGUUGAAGCCGAACAAACAGUGCAGCCCCAGCCAAGGGCCCUGCUGCACAGCCAGCUGCACCUUCAUGGGACGCAACGAGAAGUGCCGCGAGGAGUCGGACUGCGCCCACGUGGGCUCGUGCAACGGCGAGACCGCACAGUGUCCUGUCUCCGAGCCCAAGCCCAACUUGACUUCCUGCCAUAGGGAUACACAAGUCUGCUUCAAUGGGGUUUGCUCGGGCUCCAUUUGCCAGAAGCACAACUUGGAUGUUUGCACGUGCGCCAGCGUCGAGGGCAAGAAUGACAGCGAGCUGUGCCACGUCUGCUGCAUGGAGAAAUCCAACCCCGACACCUGCAGCAGCACCACUUCAACCCGGUGGAAGAAAUUCUUCAAUAACACUGUCAUCACACUGCAGCCUGGCUCACCCUGCAAUGAUUUUAAGGGCUACUGCGACGUCUUCAUGAAGUGCCGCCUGGUGGAUGCUGAUGGGCCCCUUGCUAGGCUCAAGAAGGCUCUCCUGAAUCCAGAGCUCUACGAGAAUAUCGCCGAGUGGAUUGUUGGACACUGGUGGGCCGUGCUGCUCAUGGGCAUCGCCCUCAUCCUGCUGAUGGCCGGCUUCAUCAAGAUCUGCAGCGUCCACACCCCCAGCAGCAACCCCAAGCUGCCGCCGCCCAAGCCCCUCCCAGGCACGCUGAAGAGGAGGCGAGCCCAGCAGGCCCAGACUCAGCCACAGCGCCACUCUCGCCAGCCCCGAGAGGACUACCAGAUGGGCCAGAUGAGACGCUGAGGCAGUUAGGCCUCCCGGUGCCUUGGUUGUUCCUAGUGCCUACAGCGGGAAAAACUUCACUCCAAAGAAUUACCUGUAACAGUCAGAUCCAAACACCCCCCACGUUCUGCAGAGCAAACUGGCAAGCAGACCCAUUAUACAGGAAGGGGGGGGGGGGAACAGGACUCAUGAUGUUGCUCUUUUCUCAGAGUGGCAAAUGGCUUUCUUAAAAUCUGACAACGGACAGAGAGAGGAAUUAAAGAUUUCUGUUGUGUAUUUAAUUUUUUCAGCCUUUUUUUAACACAGUGUCAGGGACAAGUCUUAGCUCUACUCGUUCUCUCUCGCACUCUCUCUCUCUGUCGUUCUCCCUUUAUUCCCUUUUUCCCCCCCUCUUUUUUCAUGUGAUGCCCCCCCCCCCACUGCCACCACCUCGCCCCUUUGGAAACUGACUGCAGGUGAUGUGUGGGCCUCUGCAGCCGAUGCAAGCUGGGAAGCUGCAGUCUCAGAGUUCAAGGGACCACGUUGCCAAUUUAAUCUCCGCAGCUUCAAAGGAGCACAAGCGCAGGCUUCUGUCUGGGCUGCAUCCGCAGUGUGCAGCUGUACAGAGAUCGCAAUAUGGAAUUUUACACACUGUAUCAUAUGAGGAGCCUUUUCUGCUUUUUGGAAAAAACAUUUUAUUAAACACUCAGGACUUUCAAGAAAAAAAUCAAAGAAAAAUAGAACAUGACAUCAUAGUAGAGAAUUCCUGAGGAUUUUUAAAUUUUUUUUGACCACAAGCAGUUGGUCUUUUUCUUUGUCACUUGGCUUAUUUUAGCAGCUGCUAUUUUGCAUGGGGCGCAGAGAGGGAUUUAUAAAUGAAUGAAGGUAAAUUGUUUUAGAUGUCAGAGGUGGGUAUAUCAUGCAGGGUGAGGUGGCUGUCUGCAGUAGCAUCAGCGUUUAGCCGAAGGUUACAUUCUUUCAUUCUGUUGCAUUUAUCUUCUUUUGAGUUACUUUUCCAGUUUUCUGUACAAUGUGAUAUUAGCUGGUAAACAACCACUAAAUGUAAGAGGGUGUGAAAGGAGGGGAGUUGUACUGGGCGGGCUGGGUGUGGCAUGGGCGUGUUGACCACCUCUGCUGAUCGUCAUUCCACUGAGCCUUUUGACGACACAAUGAACAGAGUAGCCAAUCACCAGUGACAUCCCUCUGGGCGGCUGAGGCAACCAAUCAGGCAAGUUGUUGUAAAGGUCAUGCUUACCCCUGCUGCACGCACAGCUGUGUUUCUGCCAGGCUGCUGUAUGUGCAGGUUUUUCAGCUGUCUGACAGGGGGGAACAAAUUAGUUGAAUUAGGGAGGCAAUUUGUUCAGUUCACUUGAUUGUAUUAGUGCUCAGGUGCAUAAAGACUCACAACUGCUGUGCCAACUCACACUCUGCAGCCUUGACGCAGUAUUGGAGGAGCCCCCCCCCCCCCCAAAUGUGGUGUAUAUUUAGUUAAAAGGUAAUAUGGUGUUGAUUAGUGGGCCCUAAAAGAGCUCCCUGUUGUCUCCCCCCCCCCUACCCCAGUGUAAACUCACUGCCUGUUCUGAGCCAGUUAUCAAGGACAAACUGGGUGUGAAGCAGCAAUUCCAGAAUCCACCUCCUGCUGAGUAUCAGUUAUGACAGGCCUGCUCUCUAGAGGCUUGGAGGAAACAGAUUGCAGAAGUGGCAAUGCUUCGCUCCAGUACUUAAUCUUACCCCCACUGCCCCCCACCCACCCCCAGCUCCUUCUCAAGGUCCCGCCCAAGAAUCUUGGCUUCUCUCUGCUGCUGAAAGGAAAGCUGAAUUGUGUGAGCGCUUGUUUUGAAUCAUGGUUGCCAGCAGUUCUGCUUUAAUGGUCACUGAGCAUGUCCCUCUUCUCAGUGCUAACAGGCAGCUCAGAGUUUAUGUUUUCUUUUUUUUUUUCCUUUAUUUUUUAAAUAACAUGUUCUAUGAAGUUGGUAAACCAUUGCAAUCCAGAAUUGCUAUUCCAGCAUGUAAGGAAGUUCUCCAAAGUGACCCUGUGGGCUUGGCUGGGAGCCAUGCCAUCGGCCCAUGCGAGGGUCACUCGGGCUUUCCCGCUGCAAACAGGGCGCCAUUGGCCUUUACUCUUCCGGAAGGUCACGCCGGUGUGCUGCAGCUGCCUCAUGGCCGCAGUGUGUGUGGGGGAGAAUGGCAGCAUGGGCUGGACUAGCUUAUUUUAGUGAUGUGACUACAUAAAUGUGACUCAUCCUCUUUUUGGGCGCUUGUGGGUGGGUGGCUGAUAAUGAAAGCUGCCGGUUUGGUUAAUUACAAAAACCAAUCGGCUGUGACGCAGUGAGUGUGCACCCCCGUUUUUCCUGUGGUAGGGUCUGUCUCAUGGGAGCGUGGCUGUGUCGAUGUUUGGGUCAUUAUUUUUUUAAAGCAUAUUAUAUAUUUAAUCAGUUUCAGACCUUGAGAGAACCUUGCACUGAGAUGUUCGCUUUGGAUGGGUGAUACAAGUGGAAAUAUUUGGGGGGGGGGGGGGCUAAUUCUGUGGUCUUAUUUUACAUCCGCUGUGUUUUAUACAGUAUCCAGAACUUUUUCUUUUGUUCUUUUUUUGUUCCCUUAAAAUUUUUUAUUAAAAAAUUGCAAAAGAUAUUGUGCAGACAUAUGUAAUUUUUUGAAGUACUUGAAAUGCAUUAAUAAAAAUAGAUUUGAUCAAGACAUUGA